AUGGCUAUGAGAUUGAUUAAUUAGCAUCUAUCAUUUAAUUAUGAAGAUUUGACUAUUUAUACACUCUCUCAAGCUUAUUAAAAUUUAAUAAAGACUUAAAGAUGUCUAAUAUUUAGAAGACGGUAAAUGUGUUAGAAACAAGAAGUAUUUAAUAGGAAUCAACAAAUUUAUUAUUAAAUGAAGGGUAUGAAUUAGAUGAUAAUAAAAGAAACUCAAAAUCAUUUAGAUUUUCAUCAAGUAAUACUAUGGAGAUAGUGUUCUUUACAAUAGUUUCGAAUCAUCAUAAGAAUAAAGUUAUUUAUUAAUUUAAGUCUUUUUCAUUACUGUAAUUUGGAUUAGCAAUGAUUUUGGCAAGCUAUCUGCCUUUUUGAUUAUUUUCAAAGGUUCAGCUUGUUUAUACACAUUAUCCUGA